GGCUGAGCCAACCUCACGAGCCCCGCGGUCAACAUCCAACUCCAACCUCUCAGCAUCACCAAAGGUUGGACGCGGCCACGUCUCGCCAUCAUGUCUCAAUCACUGCGACCCUAUCUCCAAGCCGUCCGGAGCAGUCUGACGUCCGCCCUGACGCUCUCCAAUUUCGCUUCCCAAACUGCCGAACGUCACAAUGUCCCAGAGAUCGAGGCCCAAACGUCACCUGAAGUCCUCCUGACGCCCCUAACAAUUGCCCGAAACGAAAACGAGCGAGUUCUGAUCGAACCGAGUAUCAAUUCCGUGCGGAUAUCCAUCAAGAUCAAGCAGGCCGACGAGAUCGAGCACAUCCUCGUCCACAAGUUCACUCGUUUCCUGACGCAGAGAGCCGAAUCGUUCUUCAUCUUGAGAAGGAAGCCAAUCAAGGGAUACGACAUUUCAUUCCUGAUUACGAACUUCCACACCGAGGAGAUGCUGAAGCACAAGCUGGUCGACUUUAUUAUCCAAUUCAUGGAGGAGGUUGAUAAGGAGAUUUCGGAAAUGAAGCUCUUCUUGAAUGCGAGAGCUAGAUUCGUUGCCGAAUCUUUCUUGACUCCCUUCGAUUAAAAUACCCUAUAACAAGCGUCGCAAACGCCAGGAGUUCAGCUUCAAAUCUGCACGGCCAGAAUCGUGUAGUUGGAACGAGAAUCUCGCGCCACGUUGAAGCCAUGGACCAGAAGUAUGAGUUGGAGUUGGAUGUUGGCUCGAGCGCUCCCGGAAUACCGGGAUCCACUAUGAUUCCAACCUUGAUAUUGGUCCGCAAAUCCGGGGCCGGGUGGGAACGACGACAUGGAGCCUCCAUUUUGAUACACAAUUACCGUUAUGAACACAGCUCUCUCUCCCAAUCAAGUGUUGCAUAUCAGUGACGCGUUUCCUGUUGUAACUCUCUCGCUUCGCUGACCUUAUGAGAGCCUUGAAGAAUGUCGGAACGUCCAUCUAAGCAUUGCGAGAUGUGAUGUGACGUCGUAGGAUACAACGAAGUCGAAGCCAUUCUGGGGCAAGAAACAGCUGAUAAUCGACCUCGAAUGCUGAACAAGUAUUGCCAUAGCGAAAACCAUGACGUUGCCCUGCUCAUCUUUCUCGGUCUCAUGUGACUAAGGUUAUGCUGGUCGUUCAGUAUGGAUGGAAUCAGUCGUCCCCUUCCCUAAAGAACCGCUUGGCGCUUUAUAUCAUGCACCAUAACAAGUGUUUUUGCGCAUUCAGGCAACCAGCAAAGCCUUAUCAUUGUUGUCGUCCUGACUUGUCAUGCAACCAUCGACCUAAUACUCACCUCCACCUCACCAGGCUACGAUGGAAUACACAACUACCUAUUCAUCCUACUGCCGCCUCGGAGUCCCUCUAUGCCCUAAUUCAAAAGCCUCUUCUUCCUUGACAACUUCUUCCCUCCUCCCCUACCUCUCUCCACAUCAACUCAAUUUCUCUCCCCACCUCCCACCCACAUCGUACACUCAAUCAACAAACCCAUCCCGCCCCAUCACAACAAAUACUCUAGGUCUUAAGUACGAUAUCGAACUCAAGACUCUACACAUCCUGCAGGUCUGUCGGGUUUAUUGA